UCAUACAUCGAUCUUAACAUUCGAGUAUCGUCUCGUGAGCUGUGAAAAAAGUAACAGGACGCACGAAAGAAGCCACAAAAGGGAGACGGCGACGAGCAGCACGAAAGACAGGGGAAGACCGAAAAGAACAUGAAUAAAUCAUAACUAAGUUAGUGCGAUCGCUCUCGCCCUCUGCGAUCGGUUAGACAUAAAACUAAAGUACAAAUAAACGAAAACAUUAACCGGGUUCAACGACCGCCGGCUUCUACGUCUCCAUGUGUGCGGGUUCUCGAAGAUAGAAAAAGCAUAGCAGAGCAUAUAGCCGUGGCCAGACUUCCACUUCUUUUUCGGGCCCAUUAGCACCUGUCACACCAGUCUUUAUCGCGAGUUUUGGGGUUAUCUAGAAGAGCAGCAGUUGGUGCAGUAAUUAGUGACCCCUACGUCGUGUGAUCAGUGCCCAGUCCCCGUAAUAUCAGUCCAUUCCGAGAAAUACCUACAGAAAUCCAGCUACAUGUCACUGUCACCGCAGCUCAAGCGACAGAAAAUGUCCCAGGGGAAAAAGUUCGGCGAUGGAGACAUAUUUAAUUACCAGGAGCUGAACAUCAUUGGCACAGGUGCUUAUGGAACGGUUUACAGAGCCCGAGAUGUGAUCACCGGUAAUAUAGUGGCGCUGAAGAAAGUUAGGAUCUCGCUGAACGACAACGGAGUGCCCAUGUCCACUCUGCGGGAGAUCUCGCUGCUGAAACAGCUGAAUGCCAGCAACCACGCAAAUAUUGUCAAACUGUUCGAAGUAUGCCAGUUUCUAGAGCGCGAUGGCCAACUGCUGAUUCUCCUGGUCUUCGAGCACCUGGAGCAGGAUCUUUCGGAUCUCAUCGACAGACUGCCCAAGUCGGGCAUGUCGCCCUCCACAAUUCAGCGCCUGUCAAGGGAACUGCUUACUGGUGUGGACUUUCUGCACUCUCAUCGCAUCAUCCAUCGGGACUUGAAGCCCCAGAACCUGCUGGUCUCCUCGCAGGGCCACCUCAAGAUCGCUGACUUCGGCCUGGCCAAGACCUACGGAUCGGAAAUGAAGCUCACCUCGGUGGUGGUAACCCUCUGGUAUCGGGCCCCCGAAGUCCUGCUUGCCCAGCCCUAUAAUAGCACCGUGGACAUCUGGAGUGCUGCCUGCAUUAUCUUCGAGAUGUUCAACCGCAGGGCUCUGUUUCCGGGGACCUCUGAGAAGAACCAGCUGGACCGCAUCUUCGAACUUACUGGUCGACCCACCGAGCAACAAUGGCCGCAAACUAUCUCUGUGGCACUGGAACAUUUUCCACAGCGGCAUCCAAAGAGACCAAAAGACUUUUGUCCACUUUUGUGCGAGUACGCCGAUGAUUUAUUGAAUCAAAUGUUAUCCUACGACCUCCAUCUGCGGCCAUCCGCCCUGGCUUGCCUGGAGCACGAGUACUUCCAGCAGGAGCCACUAUAGCCUUAAAACAUUUCCCAGAAAGAAAAAGGAAGUGGACUGACCAUCACGGCCUCGCUUCGUUCUUGUUACAAUGUUCCUUUAAGUGUAGUGAAGCAUUUUGUUUAUUUUUUCGCGACAGUCCAGUUAUUGUGUCCGGAUCCGGAUUCGGGAAAAAGAAUACCUUAAUAUGUUUGUAGUCGUAAGCUAAGUGUAAAAAACAUGUCGCGUCGUAUAAAUAGUACUGCCGAUCAACUGAUAACCGCUAAAUGUGAAACGAUUCUCGAGGGCGUAAGUCCUCCAAAUCGAAAUGUGAUACACAAAGUUCAGGAAUGCACUAUACAAUUUCAAAAUUUUGUACAACAACAACCAUUUAUAUAUGCAAUUAUAUAUACAGCAUAAAUUUA